GGCAGCACACACUUACCCUGCUGAAAACUCAUUCAUCAUGCGCUGCACUCCUAUCGGGGCUAAUGUUAGCUAUUGGCCUCACGGCUUGAAUAUCAGCAUGUCCAGUAACGAUUAAAUAAGCAGGUCGUAAAGUCGUUUACUUUAUCAGCUAAUAUAUACACAUUUAACUGGCUUCAGCGACACUUUUCCUGCUUGGUUUAUGAGGAACACGAUCGUGUUAUGGAGGUCAGCCGAGCGGUUAUCUGUCAACAGUGUCCCAGUAAAACGAGCCUGUUUUGACAGAUACCUGUUUGUUUUGUAGCGCUGAACAUCUCAGGUGAACCAUGCCAGGUAAAUUAAAAGCCAAAAUUGUGGCAGGGCGCCACUUGCCUGUGAUGGACAGAGCCAGUGACCUCACUGAUGCUUUUGUAGAGGUGAUUUGGAACACAACUUUCAAAACUGAUGUCUUUCCAAAGUCUCUCAAUCCACAAUGGAACUCAGAAUGGUUCAAAUUUGAGGUUGAUGAUGAGGACUUGCAGGAUGAGCCGUUGCAGGUUACUGUGUUGGACCACGACACUUACAGUGCUAACGAUGCCAUAGGGAAAGUUUACAUUGACAUUGACCCGCUGCUGUGCACUGAGGCUGCCUCUGUCAUCUCUGGCUGGUUUCCAAUAUAUGAUACCAUCCAUGGUAUCAGAGGGGAGAUCAACGUCCUCGUCAAAGUGGAGCUGUUUAACGACUUGAACCGAUUUAGACAGUCUUCCUGUGGGGUCAAGUUCUUUUGCACCACAUCUAUUCCAAGGUGCUAUCGGGCGGCGAUGGUGCACGGGUUUGUGGAGGAACUUGUGGUGAAUGAGGAUCCAGAGUACCAGUGGAUUGACCGUAUUAGAACUCCUCGGGCGUCAAACGAGGCCCGUCAGAGACUAAUCUCUCGUCAGAGACUAUUUGUCAAUCUGUGUUUUCCCUCUUUUAUAGGAGAGCUGCAGAGGAAAAUAGGGCUCAAGGUGCUGGAGAUGGGCGGGAAUGCAGUGGUGGGCUACCUGCAGUGUUUUGAUCUGGAGGGAGAGUCUGGGCUGGUGGUCCGGGCCAUAGGUACAGCCUGCACACUGGACAAACUGAGCUCAGGAAGUGCUCCCAACACCAACACACAUACACACCCUAACACAGCCCCUGCUUCCAAUGCCUGCAAUUCCCCUUCCAAGGACGGAAAGGAGCCGGUAUUUGGGGAGGACCUGCUCUCAUCCUCUGGCCCGCCAACCCCUUUCAGAGCCCUCCCCACCUCCUCCUCCUCUCCUCCCCCUCCCUUCUCUCCCUCCAAGCCAUGCAGCCGCCAGUCCUCAUCAUCAGACACAGACCUCAGUUUGACGCCCAAGACGGGAAUGGGCAGUGGGGGCAGCGUCGGCAAGGAAGCGGGGCCUCUGAAGACCCUGCUAAGACAGCAGACGCAGACAGCUCUCGAGCAGAGGGAGUUCCCCUUCUUCACCUUGACGUCUUUCCCGCCUGGUUUUCUGGUUCACGUUGGUGGAGUGGUCAGCGCUCGCUCUGUCAAAUUGCUGGACCGUAUACACAACCCUGAUGAGCCAGAGACUCGUGACGCCUGGUGGGAGGAGAUCCGCCAGGAGAUCAAAUCUCACGCCAAAGCUCUUGGUUGCCAUGCUGUUGUGGGUUACAGUGAGAGCACUAGCAUCUGUGAGGAGGUGUGUAUCCUGUCAGCAUCAGGCACAGCAUCCAUCCUGAACCCUCGGUUUAUGCGUGAAGGCUGUCUGGACAUUGGAAUCGCAGACCACAGGUUUGAGGAGCCGUCCCCCCCGAGCUGUGGCUUCUGUCACAUCCCAUAUGAUGAGCUCAACAUGCCCUUUCCCGCUCAACUCACCUACUGUUACCACUGCAGACGACAAAAGGUUCCUGAUGUGCUGUUCACAACAAUAGACUUGCCGUCAGAAGCAUCUGUCACGGGGAAGGGCUGCCUUAUCCAGGCCAGGCUGUGUCGACUAAAGAAGAAGGCACAGGGGGAGGUGAAUGCAACAGCCAUCUCCAACAUGCUGCCUUUCAUGGAGUACGAGCUUCACACACAACUGAUGAACAAACUGAAACUGCGGAGCAUGAACGCUCUGUUUGGCUUGCACAUACAGAUCAGUGUCGGAGAGAAUAUGCUCCUGGGUCUGGCUUCCGCUACAGGUGUUUACCUGACAGCCCUGCCUGCACCAGGGGGCAUCCAGAUUGCAGGGAAGACUCCGGGAGACCUGAGCAACGACCAUAUCUCUACCAUCCAAAAACGGAUCAAUGACACCAUAGCCAAGAACAAAGAGCUCUAUCAAAUAAAUCCUCCGGAGCUGAACGAGGAACUGGUUGGUUCUCCAAUUCCCGAGCCGAGACACCGAUCCAGACUUUUUCGAUCUCACUCGGAGAGCUCAGACGAAGUGUCUGAACUUGACCUCUCCCACGGCAAGAAGGAUGCCUUUGUCCUGGAGAUUGAUGACACUGAUGCUGUAGAGGACAUCCACUCCCUCCUCAUUGAUGCCCCUCCUCCCUCAGGCUUCUACAGCUGCAACACUGAGGUCAUGCCUGGAAUAAACACCUGGACUUCAGGAGUUCAGAUGUUUACAUCAGUGAGGGUCUUCAGGCUGAGUAAUGCAAACCUUACAAACCAAGGCUUGAACAAGAUCUUCACUGACCUCUGUGAGAAUCUGCUAAAGAGUUUCUACUUUAAGUUGCGCUCGAUGAUUCCCUGCUGCCUUUGUCAUCUCAACUUCACUGUAGCAGUGCCAGAAGACGAACUUAUACAGGUCGCAGUGACAGCAGUUGCUAUGACCUUUGACAAAGACCAGACUCAGGAGAAGCCAGCAGAGAAGCCCAUCACCAAAGGAUCUGGUGACACUGAAGAGCAGCUUCAGUUCUCCAUGGAGUUGUGCGCAGACUCAUCUCUUGCCAACUCACAGCCACCAUCCAAAAUCUCAGGUGUCCCAGAGAGUUCAAACAUCUCAUCUAGAGACAGAUGCAGCACCUGGCUAGAGCUGCUUAGGCUGAAAGCUCACACCAUAAGACGAGGAUCAGUUAAGACAAUCUCGUCUUUGGAGCGCUCCAGUCCGCUGCCCGAUGGACGAUCCCGCUCGCUGCGCUCUACACGCUCGUUCGGCGGCACUUCAGUCACUGUGGUGAAGAUGACGCCACUCUCCUUCUUACCUGGGACGCGCAUCAUUAAAUACCUUGGGAUCAUCAACAUGUUCUUUAUCAGAGAGACUACUUCGUUGCGAGAGGAAGGCGGGGUCAGUGGCUUCCUUCACUCGUUCAUAGCGGAGGUGUUUGCGAUGGUUCGAGCCCAUGUAGCAGCCCUUGGUGGUAACGCGGUGGUUUCCUACAGCAUGAAAGAGUGUGUGUUUAUGGAAAAUCCAAACAAGAACCAGGCUCAGUGUCUCAUAAACGUGAGUGGCGAUGCGGUCAUUUGUGUCAGGGAAUCGGACCCGGAGGCCACUCCCUCGAUGACUAAUUCUGCACAGAGCUGCAGCAGUGAAACAGACACGGCUACAUGACAGUGAAACAAAGAGCUGUGCUUUGUCUGCAGGACAUUCAAUCCGAGUGAACACUCUCCCUGAGUCUAGCCGUCCAAAUAUGAGUCAUUUUUAUCUGCCUUAAAACUCCGUAAAAGAUCCAAAGGUUUGGACACAGGUAAUAAAGAACAAGUUCUCACACACACUCGGAUGCAUGCAGUCUGUGUUGAUAUAGGAGUCGAGGAUAUUUCCUUUUUGUUUUUGUUUUUUAUAACAGCGAGCAUUUGUGAAGGAGAUUCUGAUGUACCGGUAGCUAUUUGGCAAUAUGGUCAUUUAAAAACGUUGAGGGUGAAGCCUACUGCCAAAGUCUCCCUGCUAUGUAUUAACAACCAUCCAUUUCGGCCAUCUCUUUGUGCGUCAACACAAGAGACGCCUGAGGCAGCUAUAACUAAUUUGUCCGUCCACAGUUCACAGUGGGGGUCAUAACAUGGACAUGCCAAUAGGGAUGCAAGUAUAUUCAGAAGUGUUAGGUAGGCUCUGUUUGGAGUUUCUUUCAGAAUAGAGGCCCAUCGGUUGACUGGUCACCUAAUAACUGUAUGAAACAUGGCAUUCAUUCAAGUUUCAACAAAACAGGUGCUUCCCUUCAAAACUAUAAUUCAAACCUAACUUGAGAAUUUUUAAGCUAGAAAUUGAGAAACCUGGACUCGCUUUUAAAACCAUUUUCUGAUUGUUAUAGAUAAUUGGUUUACACUUUUCAAGUUCUUUUGUAUUUUAUUUAGAUUCUGUUGAUUGCUAAAUGUUAUAUUUCUCACACAGGCAAUAUCCUAAUGAUAAUCAAAUGUACUCAUUAAGUGUCAAAUAAUAAUGUCCCAGAUUAUUCUUUUCAUAUUUAUUGAAUGACGAGUCAAAUUUAGGCAACGAUAACAGAAUUCUGAACAUAUUUUUAUAUCGCAUGGUAAAAACUGAUGGUAAAGGGUGAUGGGGGGAAAUGUUGGAUGGGUGAAGUAUCAUAAAUGCAGUCUUAGUCAUGUAUUCAGCCAUUGAGGUUUGGGACAUGGGAUAAUACAUAGAAAACAGUCUUCAAAAAUGUUUCUGGUUGAUUUCUACUUUACUCUGUGUGUAUAUAGGGGCAACUUUUGCAGGAUCAGUUCCUCUUCUUGCUGUCUGUGUCAAAUUUAACUAACCUUUGUCAAGCCUCUACACUGUCUCUUUUGAAAUCAUGUUUUUAAUAAUAGUCAUGCUACUGAUGAGUCAAUCAUUUAUGUUCAAUACUAAAAAAAAGCAUCUUCUGGUGGAGGUGACACCUGGAAAUAUACCAUGUAAAUGUCUUCUCAAAUCAGAUUUUAGUAUUUUUGUAACAUGAAAUAUAUGAAACCUUUAUGGCUUAUUUGCCUGUGCAAUGACUUCCUGAUGUUUUGAUUGGCCGUGUCUGAGUAUUAGUGGUACUCUUAUCUCUUGUUGUGAUCAGUUUCUAAUAUUUGUGUCUAAAACUUGAAUGUACAUAUUUAGAUGCUCUUGCUUUCUCACUAGCAGCAUGCAGAUCCACUUCUAUUGCCAUAAAUCUGUAUGCUUGCUCGCCUGGUUUAGUCUUGCACAAUAAACUCAGACGAACCAAGAUGCAUCUGUUUGAUCAUCAUCUAUGAUAAAAACUGCAGAAAGACUUUUUUUUUCUUGGUAGACAGGAAGAAAGUCAAAAUGAACAUUACACUGCUAUGUGAUGCCAAUAUGAACCUUUCAGCUGUAUUUGAACAACAGGAAAUUGCUCAUACCAAAGCUCUUCGACUCAUAUUUGUUCAAGAGUAAAGAUCUGCUACUAACAA